AUGGAGCUUACACAAACAAACAGAAGUCCCAAUGAAACAGUUUCGCCGCACCUCUCAGAACUUCAGCGAGAGGAGAUCCUGGCCAAAGAAUACGAGCAGCGCGUUCGAGAGGAGCAGAACCAGAAGCUUCGGGAGUGGCACGCAAGCAAGCUCAACGAGCUGAAGCAGGAUUCUGCCAGUACGGAGUGGGAGGAUACUGCACACAGGUUCUUUGAAGGAGCUACUCCAUACUUCCUGAAACAAUUCAGGGAAAAACGUGCUACAUUUCAAGGCAAGACAUGGGCCGAUGUGCGUCGAGCAUUUGAACAAGCACAGAAGGAACGUCUAUCAGGCAAAGCUGGACAACGAAUUUCUCGGGAUAGAGACUGGGCGCCUUGGGAUAUAACCAGAGCUCGCACUUUACUGCAAGAAAACACGUCUAGCAACUCGAACCCCGGAUGCAUUACAGUAUCACCAGCUUUAGCGCUGUCACAGAAAGCCUCUGUCAUGUCUACUGUGGCGCAAGGUCCUCAGGAAGCUGCUGCUUCGCAAGCACACGACCUCAAUCCAUUGCUAAGCCCUCGCAUAAAUAAGAAGACGGUGCGAAAUACGCCAGAAACCAAGGACAAUGACAGACUCUCAUGUGCAGACUCCCAUCCCAGGGUCCGGAAGCGGCAACUUGAUAGAGAGUCCUUCGGACCAGAAUCGAAAAGAGCACGUCAGGAAGUACCAAGCCAGAUUAUCUUGCUUUCACCCGGUAAUACAGCCCCAGCAUCGCCUGCUACGACGCCCCCUCCAAGGUCACUAUUCUCCAUCUCUUCGCAGUCGUUGAAACGCCUCCAACCAGGAGCCUGGCUCAACGAUGAAGCGAUUAAUGCGAUACUUCUGAUCAUUCGACACGCACCGGGCAGUUCCAUCAAUGUCAUCGAUUCCGUAUUACCCACGAUAAAGCCGCCGAGUUUUAACGCCAGAAAGAUGCUUAUCCCUAUGCACGUGAACCGCAAUCAUUGGGUUCUUGCUGUUAUCGAUGAGGUUCGGACGUCUGUUGUUGUCUAUGACUCUCUUCCAUCAUUAGAGACCCGGAAUGAGAUCCGAGCUCAGAUGGAAGAAGUUUCCAAGAAAUAUCUGAAAGUGAAUCUCAGGUCCGUGCAUUUCACCAGCCCUUUGCUGCAAGACAACCAUGCCGAUUGUGGUGUCCUCCUCCUGGUAGCAGCAUUCUACAUUUCAGCAGGCCUGGCGAUUCCGUACACAGUGGAUGUACCGUUCUGGCGUGAAAUGAUAGCCACACUCUUGUGUCCGCCGGCAAGUGGUGGUACUUCAGUACGUAUAAGCAAUGACGCCAUGGCUUUAGCGCCAUCUGUUUCCGCUGUGGAGGAUACUAGAGACGGUCUACUUCCUCUGUCUAGACGCUGGGCUGCCGCGGUCUCGGAGAGAAAGCUCCAGAUUACUGGGUUGGAAUGUGCAAAUGUAGCACUGGAUAUCCUCAACACGUUAAAGGGCGGACAGCUCAGUCACGAGGCAGAACCUCAUCUCUCUUCAGCCAUAGUCUUCUGCAAGAAGAAGAUACGACAGAAACAGAGAAUGACGGAGGAACUGGGGAUGGCUCAAUCCGUGGCACAAGAGGCAUGCAACGUGUAG